AUGGAGAAAGCUACCAAGCUCCCCAAUGGGGAGACUCGUCAAGAGUAUAAGCUAGUCAGCUUCGCGGAAGGCGACCCGGAGAACCCCAAGAAUUGGUCCAAGGCCCGAAAAUGGUACAUCACCAUGGUCGUGGCCGUCACUUGCUUCGUGGUGGCGUUCGCAUCUAGCGUCAUUACUGCCGACGUGCCGGGGGUCUCUGAAUCAUUCAACGUUAGUCAUGAAGCUGCAUUAGUUCCAAUCAGUGUGUUUGUGGUCGGGUUCGGCGUUGGCCCAAUGAUUUUUGCUCCUCUUUCUGAGGUCUAUGGGAGACGCAUCAUCUAUGGUUCCACCCUACUCGUCGCCGUCGUCUUCAUCAUCCCCUGCGCUGUCGCCCAAAAUAUUGGCACCCUCAUCGUAUGCAGAGCGAUCGAUGGUAUCGCUUUCUCAGCUCCCAUGACACUUGUCGGCGGUACGCUGGCGGACCUGUGGCGUAACGAGGAGCGUGGUGUCCCCAUGGCCGCCUUUUCUGCUGCCCCUUUUAUCGGCCCCGCUAUUGGUCCUCUCAUCGGUGGUUUCCUCUCCGACGCCGCCGGCUGGCGUUGGCUGUACUGGAUCCAACUCAUCUUCGCCUUCAUCGUCUGGGUGCUCAUCACUUUCACCGUGCCCGAGACAUACGCGCCCACCAUCCUCGCGCGGCGCGGCGCCCAGCUCCGCAAGCAAACCAACGACCCCUGCCACGUCAGCGAAGCCGAGCUCGAUCCGCGACCCUUCUCCCAGCGCCUCGGCGUGUUCCUCGUCCGCCCAUUCCAGCUCCUCUUCCGCGAGCUGAUCGUGCUCCUCAUCAGCCUUUACAUGUCGGUGUUGUAUGGCCUGCUGUACAUGUUUUUCGUCGCGUAUCCCAUCAUCUUCGAGGUCCGUAAGGGUUAUUCCUCAGGUACCACCGGUCUCAUGUUCAUCCCCGUUGCGGUGGGCGUCAUCUGCUCCGCAAUGUGCGCCCCGUUCGUCAAUCGCCACUACCUCACGCUCGUCGUGCGCCACGGCGGCCGACCCCCCGCGGAGACCCGACUCAUUCCAAUGAUGGCGAGCUGUUGGUUUAUUCCGAUCGGCCUAUUCAUUUUUGCCUGGACAUCUUAUCCGCGGAUUACGUGGGUAGGGCCUUGCCUUGCCGGCUUCCCCGUCGGGUUCGGUUUUAUCUUCCUAUACAAUGCCGCCAACAACUACCUCGUCGAUUCAUACCAGCACCAAGCAGCCUCCGCGCUCGCAGCUAAGACCUUCCUUCGCUCAUUUUGGGGUGCUGGUGUGGUUCUUUUCACCGAGCAAAUGUACGACCGCAUGGGCGACCAGUGGGCGUCGUCAUUCCUGGCAUUUUUGAGUUUAGCAUGCUGUGCUAUUCCCUUUUUGUUUUGGCGAUAUGGCGCUACGAUUAGAAAGCGAAGCAAGUAUGCGUUCGGCGGAGAUGAAGAGGAGGAAAAGCAGCAAGGGAACGUCACGUCGGACUCCGACGUGGAGAAGGCGAAUCACGCCCCGGUCGUGGAUCCCGCCCAGCCGUUGCACGAUGAUUUGGAGGACUUGGAAAGGGCGAGAAGCUAUGUGGCAAAUCCAUGA